AUGCCUCGCAGAUUCCUGGGCUUUCGGCUUCGGGUAUCGUACUUGUCAUCCAGGCCUUCUCUAGAUCAGGCCUCGAUUCGCUGCCGUUCACGGCAGCAUCAUCUGCUCAAACACUGGCGUGCAUCCACAUCCACGUUCAAAUAUAAGGUGCCUUGCUUGAGUCAUGUAUCUUCUUGUCUUUGCGACUUACUGUUACGAAUUCUCUUGGUGACUUUGGCCGUUUUACAGUCCUUCUGUACGCUUCUUUUUGUGAUCUGCGACACGCAGCUCUCACCAGCUGAUGAUGUGCCGUCUUCCUUGCGCCUUUGA